AUGGUUUACGGAACGGCCGCUGCUAACCCUUGCGGUCCUGGCUUCGGGAGCUGUGGCGAGCGUGAGUGCUGCUCUGAGUUUGGCUACUGUGGCACCACGCAGGACUACUGCUCUGGAGGAUGCCAACUCCUCUAUAGCCAUGCCUGCAACACCCAAAUCCCCCCGGCUGGCAGCAGUACCGAAGAUGUGUCUCGGAGAUUUGUUGGCGACGUCCCAUAUGCUAUUACCAUCACCGAUUGUACCACUCCGGGCGUUGUUGCUCUGACGUUCGACGACGGGCCGUACACGUUCACCGACGACCUGCUCGACAUCCUGGAUGACUACGGCGUCAAGGCAACAUUCUUCAUCACGGGCAACAACAGGGGAAAGGGAAGCAUCGACAACGAAGACACGCCAUGGCCUGAUGUCCUGCGACGCAUGCACGGUGCCGGACAUCAGCUGGCCAGCCACACCUGGACACACCGCAACCUGAGCGGCGUCGACAUGGAGACCCAGCGAACCGAGAUGAUCUACAACGAGAUGGCCUUCCGCAACAUCUUUGGUUUCUUCCCGACGUACAUGCGGCCGCCGUUCCUCGAGUGCAGCUUGCGAACCGGGUGCAUCGAGACUCUCGAGAGUCUCGGCUACCACAUCAUCAGCACCAACCUGGAUACAAAAGACUACGAGAACGACAGCCCGAUGUUGAUUGAGAUCUCUAAGCAGCGGUUCUUCUCUCUCCAGUCGCCCGACAAGGCGUCCCACGAGUACAUUGUCCUCGCCCACGACGUCCACCAGCAGACGGUCGUCACUCUGACUAAGUAUAUGAUUCAGACCAGCAGAGAUCGAGGUUACAGGCUGGUGACCGUUGGCGAGUGUCUUAACGAUCCUCCCGAGAACUGGUACCGCUCAGCCUGA